AUAGGAACCAAACACACUUUCUGCUGCGUUCCAGUCGGACACUUUUAACAGAAGGAACGACGAAAGUGAUCCAAGGAGUUUCAUUUCUAUUUCGAUUAUAAUUAGUUCUCAGUCUCUGAUUAAUUACGCAAAUGGCUGGAGAAGACGAUGAUUACAUGUCUGACGCUUUCCUGAAGCAAAUGCCAGAUGUUCGGCCUGGCGUCCCGAUGGUGAAGCGUGAGAAGGAAGCCUUGAAAAAGGAGGCUCUACAGAAAGAGAAGAAUGCACAGAACCGGCAGAAGAGCUACAAAGAGCAGGAGCGAGAGAGUCGAGAGGCCGCACUGCAGAGCUCCAUCAGCAGCCAAAAUAAAGGCUUCGCGCUACUGCAGAAGAUGGGAUAUAAAGCAGGACAAGGCCUGGGGAAACAGGGUCAGGGAUUGGGACUUUUAAAUGGACUUUGCUUUUGAAAAUAAAAAAAAG